GUCAAUAAUAGACUGUCCAGGGGUGGUCACCAUGUUCCCCUCCGCCGUCUUCUUUGCCAAGAGCAAGUCAAAAAACAUUUUGGUGAGAAUGGUGAGCCAAGCUGGGACAGGUUUCUGCUUCAACACCAAGAGAAACCGACUGAAGGAAAAACUGACUCUUUUGCAUUAUGAUCCAGUUGUGAAACAGAGAGUCCUCUUCGUGGAAGAUAAAAAAAAUACGCUCCCUUUAAAUGGUGGAUUGAAAGUGACUUUGAUUUAUAAAGAGAAGACUGAGGGCGGGGAUACUGAUUCAGAAAUCCUAUAGCGUGUAAUAAAAGAAGAGGAAAUGGCAUGGAAUCACUGCCUCCUGUGAUUUGAAGGCCAUUGUGAAGGAAAACAAUGCAGUGAAAGAAAGUUCUUCAUAUUAAGACAGAUAUCAUUGCAUCACAUUUAUUUAUCUUUCUGGGUAUUUUUAUAGCCCUUAAUAAAAAAAAUAUUAAAAUA